UUGCUGCUGCGCUUGCCAUGCGAUUUGAGGUCCUCGGAAGAGCAAAGCUCCGCUGGCCGUUUACCGUUUGUUAGCUGAAUGCCUCCUUGGCCAAAUCCAAAGCGAAAUGCAAAGCCAAGUCGAAAGCCAACCACCAGCAGCAACAUAACGGCAGCAACAGCACGACAGCAACAGCAACAGCAAACAGAAACAGCAACUGCGACGACAAAACUCCUGGUGCACAUUAACGCAGGCAACAGUUUAACGUGGAAAUUAUUGCGAAUUUGUUGUGUGUUUUUCUGCGACGCGUGCCAGCGCAAAAAAAUCUCAAAACCUCCAUUCGCAAAUCGCAUUUAUCGCGUAGUCUUACAAAAUUGCAAAACUUACCAUUGGUUUUUUUUUUGGUUUGGUUUUUCAAUUGGGGUUGCAUGAUGUUUUCAAACGCGUUGUUUUGACAACGGCAAUAUCUAGACAUAGAUCGAAAUAUUAGCAAUCGAAAAUGCCGCAGCGCUCGCCCUUUGCCAUUCAGGAGCUGCUGGGCUUGGCGGUGGCGGCGGCCACAGAAGCGCCAACCGAUCUGACGACAACUGCCGGUGCAACGGUGGCAAAAGAGCGCCAAACGCCAACGCCGCCAAAGACAACAAAUGCCACAAUGGCAGCAGCAGCAACAUCAUCCGUAUCAGCAGCAACACCAACAAAUGCGGCCGAAGGCAAUUUAACGAGCGGUUCGGAGCCACAGCAGCAGCCGCAGCAGCAGCAACAAGAGCAGCAGCACCACCAGCCGCAACAGCAGCAGCAGCCGCACCACCAUCAGUACAGGGAGCACCACCAAAUGACCAUGGCGGCAGCCUCGCGAAUGGCCUACUUCAAUGCCCAUGCGGCGGUGGCAGCGGCCUUUAUGCCCCACCAACUGGCCGCGGCGGUGCACCACCAUCAUCAGCAUCAGCACCAGCACCACCCACACCACCACCCGCACCACCCACAUGGAGCCGUUGGGGGGCCACCGCCGCCGCCGCCGAUGCAGCACCACCACCCCCACCAUCCGCACCACCCGCUGCUGCACGCGCAGGGAUUUCCGCAGCUCAAAAGCUUCGCCGCCGGAGCCGGAACUUGUUUGCCCGGAUCGCUGGCGCCCAAGGACUUCGGCAUGGAGGGCUUGAAUGGCUUCGGAGUUGGACCGAACAGCAAAAAGAAGAAAAAGAAGCGACGACACAGCCGCACCAUAUUCACCAGCUACCAACUGGAGAAACUGGAGGAGGCCUUCAAGGAAGCCCAUUAUCCCGAUGUCUAUGCCCGCGAAAUGCUGUCGCUGAAGACGGAGCUGCCCGAGGAUCGCAUACAGGUGUGGUUCCAAAACCGACGCGCCAAGUGGCGCAAGACGGAGAAGGUCUGGGGCGGCAGCACGAUCAUGGCCGAGUACGGACUUUAUGGGGCCAUGGUGCGGCACUCGCUCCCGCUGCCGGACACGAUCCUCAAGUCGGCCAAGGACAACGACGCGGUGGCGCCCUGGCUACUAGGUAUGGAGCAGAAAUGCAUGCAUCGUAAGUCGAUUGAGGCGCAGUCGGCGCUCAAGGACGACUCGGGGGUGAGCGACCACGAGGACUCGGCUGGAUCGAAGUCCGCCCACUCGGAGGACCUUUCACGCUCCCGCUGCCACGCGCUCAGCUCCUCCACCGAAUCUCUGAACGUCGUCAGUCCUGCGCCCAGCAGCUGCCCCACCUCAGCCUCCACCUCGGCGCCGCCCACCUCCACGAGCGGCUAUGCGGGAGCAGCCUCCUCGGCGGCCACCACACCCACAGGGGCGUCCACCACCAACAGCUCCGGCAGUCCCCACAUCGAGCUGGGCUCACCCUCGCCGCAGCAGCAGCAGCACCUGCAACUGCAGCAGCAGCAGCAACAGGCGUCGCUCUACUUGGGCGGUGGCGCGGCGGUUAGUGGCUGUGCCCCGCCCAGCUAUCAUCCGCUGCUGGACGCCGCCAAUGCCGCUGGUGCCGGCGCGGCCGCUUCCAGCAAGGACUUCCACAUGAUCAUGAACACCGCCGUGGCAGCGGCAGCAGCAGCUGCUCAGCAGCAACAUCAGCAACAGCAACAGCAGCAGCAGCAGCAUCAUCAGCAGCAGCAGGCCACAGCGACAGCACCUGGACUGCAUGCCCACAACUUGGCUGCCGCCCUCAUGGAACACGAUCCGGAUGCCUUCAGAAACAACUCAAUCGCCUGUUUGAGGGCCAAGGCGCAGGAGCACCAGGCACGACUCCUGAACAACGGUGGGCUCUUCCUGCAGGUGCGUCGGUUCGCCCAGGGUCAGGCGCAGAUCCAGGACCCAAGUGAUAUGCUCAAGCUCAGCGAGGAGCACAACAACAACAGCCCGAUUCCCAUUUCACCCGCCCACUCGACUGUCAAUCCGCAAGUCAAUGUGAAAAUGGAGCUGACCGCCAAUGGGGGAUCAAUGAAAAACUACGAGGAGGCCUAACGGAAGCCCCAACCAGUUUACUUAAUCUAAGCUGCCCAAUGCAAAUGCUAUGAUCCCAAAAACACACCAAACCAAAAAUAAGACGAAAACCCUUUUUUUUACUAGACCUAAGGAGCAUUACAUCUGUAAUCAAAACAGUAAUUUUAAACAGCAGUAUUGGCUGCUUCAAGGUGUAAAAAUACGAAAUCGGAAUAUUUUAAUAAAUUCAUCAGCGAAAAUAUUUUUUUAUUUUCCAACAUAAAUUUGGGCACCAACAAAUAUAUAAAAUAGUUAACAGCAAUGGCUGAAAUAAAAGUACGAAUAUGUGACAAAUAA